AUGAACAGAAUCUCACGAGCCGCCCAGAGCGUCUCUCGAAUUGCCUCCAGGCAAUUGGCUCGAAGUAACUUCUCCACACAGGCAAGAUCAUCCCAGCCAUCUAUCAGCUGGGGUGCUGUUGCAGGAGCCGCUGGUGUCGCUGCGGGAGUGACCUACUUCAUUACCAAGUCCGACAAGAACGCUGUGGCCCUUAAGAAGGAAGAUGAGGAUGUUGGCCGAGGAAUCCAGAAGGUCCUCGAUGGUGCCUCUCUCGACACGGACUUCUCUCACAAGCCCAAGUACGGAGGUGAGGAGGAGUUCAAGAAGGCCCUGCCGGAAUUUAUCAAGGCUAUCGGUGAGGAAUACGUUUCUACCGACGAGGAGGAUAUCCAAUUCCAUGGCUGGUCCAACGUUUCUUCUUCCAACCUCGACACUCUGCCCUUUGGUGUUCUGUACCCCAAGUCUACUGAGGAGGUUUCUGCCAUUGCCAAGAUCUGCCACAAGCACAAGCUUCCCAUGGUCGGCUACUCCGGAGGUACUUCUCUGGAGGGCCACCUUUCUGCCGCCUACGGAGGUGUCUGCAUCGACUUCUCCAACAUGAACAAAAUUAUUGCUAUUAGACCCGAUGAUAUGGAUGCCACUGUCCAGCCCUCUGUUGGCUGGGUUGAUCUGAACAACGAGAUUCUCAAGGAGGGCCAUCGCCUGUUUCUGGCUGUUGAUCCCGGCCCAACAGCACAGGUGGGAGGCAUGGUUGCCAACUCUUGUUCUGGAACCAACUGUGUUAAGUACGGACCCAUGCGAGAUCACGUUGUUAAUCUCACUGUUGUCCUGGCGGACGGUACCAUUCUCAAGACCCGGCAGCGACCUCGAAAGACCUCUGCUGGAUACAACCUCAACCAUCUAUUCGCUGGAACCGAGGGAACACUUGGUCUGAUCACCGAAAUCACCGUUAAGCUCCAGCCCAUCCCCAAUGUCACCUCUGUCGCCGUCCAACAGUUUCCGACCGUCCACGCCGCUUGCAAGACUGCUAUGGAUAUCCUCAAGGAGGGUAUCCCCAUGGCUGCUCUUGAACUUAUGGAUGAUCAGCACAUGAUCUGGGUCAACAACUCCGGUUACGCCAAGAGAAAGUGGGAAGAGAAGCCCGCCCUGUUCAUGAAGUUCGCCGGUGCCUCCGAGGAAACUGUCGCCGAGCAGGUGAAGGUUGCUAAGGAGAAGGCUGCCAAGUACACAGACUCUCCCUUGCAUUUCGGAAGAGAUCAGGAGGAACAGGAUGAGCUGUGGUCUGCCCGAAAAAACGCGCUUUACCUCGCUCUUGCUGCCGAGAAGGACGGUAUGAAGGCAUGGACCACUGAUGUUGCUGUUCCCCUUUCUCAGCUUCCUGAUAUUGUCAUGAAGGCAAAGCAGAGCAUCACUGAUGCUGGUCUUCUUGGAGGAGUUCUGGGCCACAUUGGUGACGGAAACUACCAUGCCAUCAUGCUUUACACUCCCGAGCAGGCCGAUAUUGUCACCGACGUCGUCCAUAAGAUGGUCGACCAGGGUCUGGCUGCCGAGGGAACCUGCACUGGUGAGCACGGUGUUGGAUUCGGAAAGAUCGAGGGGCUUCUUCACGAGGUUGGUCCUGUCUCUCUCAACCUGAUGCGAACCAUCAAGCUGUCUCUUGAUCCCCUUGAGCUACUUAACCCCGGCAAGAUCUUCACUGACGAUGCCAUUCAGCAGGGUCUCAAGACUCUGGAUAACAACAAGGCUGGUAAGACUUAA